AUUCCUCCCACUGAUACCAAUGAUGGGCCGCUAUUCCUCCCACUGACACCAAUGAUGGGCACUAUUCCUCCCACUGACACCAAUGAUGGGACACUAUUCCUCCCACUGACACUAAUGAUGGGACACUAUUCCUCCCACUGACACCAAUGAUGGGGCACGAUUCUUCCCACUGACACCAAUGAUGGGGCACUAUUCCUCCCACUGACUAAUGAUGGGGCACUAUUCCUCACACACUGACACUAAUGAUGGGGCACCAUCCCCAUCAUUGGAAUACCAUACUGAAAUAGCAUACCAUAUUGAAAUCAAAUCUGAUG